GAACAAGACGCAGCGCUGCUGCUGCGUCGUGUGUGUGCGUGCGCGCGCGCGCGCGCCGAGAAGCCAUUUUGAGAGCGAGCAGAGCUGAGAAAGUGCUCGUCACUUUGAAACCUACAAGCCACCCAAAUGACUAUUGGACAAAGGGAAAGCAGUGAAAAGUGCCAAGAUUUCUCCCCAUUAAGAUUGGUUUGCGUUUCACAGGCUUGGAUGACGUAUUUUGAAUACCAGCUGAGACCUUUGCCCAACCCUUACUAAUGACAUUGUCGGAGGAUCCGAAGAUGGAGCUGAAAUUGUUCCUCCUGCUUUUGCGUCACGUAGGCCUGCUCACUCCGUUUGAGGUAAAUAUCUUCAAGCGUGCUCCCUUCUUCUCUGUCCAGGGACGCUGUCGACCUGGAAAUUAAAUGUGCCCUUGAAGCAAGGUCAUUUGCGUCUUUUAAAUGGCAAAUGGGGGAGCAAGCACAAACCAAUCGUGCCCAGAGCAAAUCUCACCUGAUUCUGUUGUGGGAGAAAAUGUUCAGAGCCAUUCAUCAAGGCAGUUGUGUUCUGAAUUCAAUGGGGAGGGAAAGCGUAACCAAGGCCACCGACGACCAACUCUAGUAUUCACCUCGAGGCUAGCAUAUUGAAUAAUGAUGCUACCAAAAAAAAAUUAGAAAAUCUUACUUGGUUUUAGGACAAGAAUCGUUUAAUGAGCAAUACCUUGCAUGCCUUCUUCACAUUACAAACAUGGUAGAUGAUCAAAAACUGGACUUACUCAUUGCCACUCAUACAAGGCCUCAACUACACAUUCAGAUAGUUAAACUGUGUUUCUCCUGCUCCUCCUCCUCCUCCUCUCAAAGUCAUUAAGCAGUUUAUUUACAUGUAUUUUAAGAAGAGAAAACUAUUUGGGAGUGCCACGUGGCCUGGCUUAGGACAAAGACGGAUGAUUCCGAGCAGAGGAAAAAAGGCUGAAAAUGUUCACAGGGUAAUAACAUCCAGUACAUUCUCUUCCUUCUUCUCAGUCCCUUUCAAAGGAAGCAAUCUUAGGAUCUUAUCAUAGUCCGUGAGAGGUGAGGAAAUCGAGUGUAAGAUCCCUUUUUGGAACAAAGGAAACCCAUGUAGGCCAUUAAGUCCCUGUGUUUUUCAGGAAAAUGGCUGCUGAGAGAGAGCUUUCAGGCCCUCUCUCUCUCUCUCUCUGCUGUGUGUUGAAGGACUUCUUGUGCCUCCCUCUAAUAGCAGACGGCGCCUCGUGGUGCUGCACGCUGAUUGGCUGGCCAGCCUGCCCGCUGUUAACCAGCCAAUUGCCCGAGCACUGGAGAGAAGAAAACAGCAGGCAAUGUCAAAUAACACUAUUGGCCUGCCUUAGACAAAACAAAACUUCCAGCAAUUGGAAAAAAGAAGAAAACCCUGUCCAACUCAAUGCAAUCUAGAGGCAUCGGCUGCAGACACAAAUUCAGACUAGUCAGACAGUAGUUUUCUGUCAAAUGCUUUUAUUCACAUUUUUGAUCAUGUGGCUGAGCGCUGCAAAACCAGACAAAAAUCAGCAGGCAGUGAAAAAGAAAACUCCAAACCAAAACCAACUAACCAAAGACAAGAACCAACGCAAACCAUGUCAAAUGAAUAUGCAAAUAUGAUCAGGGAGGCGGCCAAAAGGGAAACGGCAACAUCGAACGUGCUGCAGAAUUUCUGCAAAUGCUGGCUCUAUAAUAUGGGGCAACAAUCUUUAGUCAUAUGUCUGGCUUGCUUGGUCAAGGGAACAAACAGGAGCCAGUCUCACAAAGAAGGAGAAGAAAAAACAAAACCGAACAAACUCGUGUGGAGAAAAUGGGUCUGGCAGGGUCUGAUCAAAUUGUGAACUUUGGCCAUCAUUGCAAAAGGUCUGUUUUGAUGCAAAUGCGAGGGUGCUCUUAAAAAAAAAAAAAAAAGUCAGGAGAACAUCUGAAUUUUAUUUGGAGUUCAACUGUGACAGCUUAAAUGGUGGCAGAUGUUUGUUGACUCCCAUUUGACAUGACUUUGAAUGGGAUUGGUUAAUUCUGAAAACAAACGCAGCGAUAAGACGGGCGCUUGCGCAACCACAUUCUACCCCGCAUUACUUGCCCCUCAAAGAUAAAUAAUAACGAAAUAAAUAAGUCUAUUGAGUUUCAAAGUCACAUUUAAAUAUCUACAUCAAGAUGGGUUUUGUUCAUAUUUCAUUGGCGGUUCUGAUUUGGUUUGGUAGCCAGUCAAAAGAAAACUCUUUGGUAAAGCAAGUCACAUAUAAUGUUCAAAUGAAACGUAAACACGGCUGACGUCAGCUGACGUUCGCUAUGGGAAAAGACACUCCAGUAUUUCUUUGGGGUGAUGCAGUAAGCAGCUCAAAACAACGGCCUUCUGUAUUUCAAAUGUAUUCUCAGAUUUGGACUAUUGCUGUUUUGUCAAAACAAGGAAAUUGCCGUUCGAUUUGAUUCACAGUCUAACGAGUUCAUAUCGAACGUUUGGUCAAUGCGAGUAGAAGCAGAUUCGUCAAAAGAGUGGAGAGACGGUCAACCUGACACGGACAAAUACAGACACAUAUUCCCGACAAAGUCACACGCGCACUAUAUAUGUAUAUAUAUAUGUGUGUGUGUUUGUGUAUAUUUUUAACGGAGCGUAUGACGUUACACGGCGCCUUUGUCUUUAUUCCACGAGCGGGUUGCAGUUGUCGUGGCGAAAGUGCGCCCGCCGUUUCGACGUGGGGCCAAAGCCUAAGCUAAGCUAAGCUAAGCUAAGCGGUGUAUUGUGGGAGAGACAGAAAGAAGCUACCGUACCCUGCUGAAGCUCCUCACAGCAGCAGCAGCAACCGGAGCAGCAGCCGGAGCACAGACUCGAGCAGCAGCCACACAAUAUGUGCGGGCUCUCGCUCAAAAAAGAGCCACUUCCACCCUUCUUCCAGCCAAAUCAUGUAAUGUGAGCGGGGCGAAAAGCGAGUCCCCUUUAUCUCAGCGAUUCAACAAGAAAGGAUCCCUCGAUCGGGGCGAAUCAUGUCCAAGCCGGGGGAGAGAAACAAAUUGUGCGAGGACCAUGGCAGAAAGCAGAGUUCAACGUUGGCCAACGGCACGGACGGGCACCCCGGGCCGACGGAGAAGCGGAGUCACAACUGGAGAAGUUUCAAGUUGAUCAUCGACCCGGCGCUCAAGAAGGGAUCUCACAAGCUGUUUCGCUACGAUGGACAUGCUUUCAACAUGCCCAACCCGGGGAUGCCACCGGUGGACAGCGUCCGAGACCCGAGGAUCGGUCGCCUUUGGACCAAAUACAAAGAAACGGACCUGCCGGUGCCCAAGUUCAAGAUCGACGAAUAUUACAUCGGCCCCGUGCCCCCGAAGGAGGUGACGUUCGCCCGCUUGAACGACAACAUCCGCGAGGGCUUCCUGACGGACAUGUGCAAGAAGUUUGGCGACAUCGAGCAGGUGGAGAUCCUUUACAACCCCAAAAACAAGAAGCACUUGGGCAUCGCCAAGGUGGUCUUUGAGAGCGUCAAGGCCGCCAAGACGGCCGUGCAGAUGCUGCACAACACCUCCGUGAUGGGAAACAUCAUCCACGUGGAACUGGACCCCAAAGGUGAGAAUCGCCUUCGCUACUUCCAGCUCCUGAUGAAUGGAAGCUACACGCCGCGGACGCUGCCUGUCGGCGUGGAGGAAGCCAGAGAAGUUUCCCCUCGUAGCCUGGCUGAAGCUUUACUGUCAUGCGAACCCAUCCGCCGCUUGUCGGAGAGCAGCUUGUCGGCCGCGGCGGGCCCGGUGCCGCCCGGCGGCGGCGGCAGCAGCACCUCCACCACGCCGCUGUCCCUGGAGACGGGCUACUCCAGCCUUCGGCAGGACACGCCCCAGUCCCAGGGGACGCCGCGCCAAUCGGGCACCCCCUACUCUCAAGACUCCAGCUACUCCAGUCGCCAGUCCACACCCGCGUACCAGUCUGGCCGGGCGGAGAGCUCCGGAGGCUACAAGUCGCGGCGACACGAGAGCAAGUUCCAGGACGCCUACAAUCGCCGACCCGAGAGGCCUCAGUACCGCAGCAACAUGUACCGCGGCGCCACGUCCGAGCAUGCGCCCUCGAAGCAGCAGCAGCCGCAGCAGCAUCAGCAGAACCUCACCCCGCCCGAACCCGCACAUUCGACCCCCUCUUUCUCCUACACGGCACCUCCCCCCACCACGCCCAACUUCAAGUCGGCUUUCUCGCCUUACCAAGCUCCCUUACCUCCCGCUUUCCCGCCGUCGGAAGCGACGUUUCAUCACCCGUCCCAAAGGGAGGGCGAGUACCAGCGACAGCCUCAGCCGCCUCUGUCCGCACCCGCUGAGCUUUUGCCCUCAAAGGACGGACCCGAAACCCCUCCCGUCCCCGAGCCCCCGCCAGAACCGGGACCCCAUCCCAGCACUCCUCCCCCGAGGACGCCCGAGCGCUGCCCGUCGCCGGGCUCGCCCGCCGCUGCCGAGCGCAAUAGCCUGGACUCGCGCAAUAGCCUGGACUCGCGCAUCGAGAUGCUGCUCAAGGAGAAAAGGACUAAACUGCCUUUCCUGGCCGAGCGAGACUCGGACACUGAGGUGCGAAUGGAGGGCAGUCCCAUUUCCUCCUCGUCCUCGCAGCUCUCCCCCAUCCCGCCGUACACGGGCGGCGGAGCGCCCGACUCCCGGCCCUGUAGCACGGGCUUGGAGGACAUCAGUCCCACGCCGCUGCCGGACUCGGACGACGACGAUGAGCCCGUCCCCGGAACCGCCUCGCUGGUCAAGAGGAGCGGUUCUCCCCUGGAGCGCGACAGCAACGGCCAGGUCAAAGAGGAACAUCCACGAGCGCCCGCGGUCACCGACAAAAUGGAGACGAGUCAUCAAUCGUCCGGAGAGGACAUGGAGAUUUCUGACGACGAGAUGCCCGGCACGCCCAACGCCGGCGGCGACUGUAGCAAAGGCAUCGUGGUCAACUCGGCCGUGUCCCCCAUCCAGACCCUGGCCUUGCCCCCACCGGGCUUCUCCCACCUGGCCCACCAGGCGGGCUUCGCCAUGGCCCACCACCACCUGGGCACCGUGCCGGGCCAUCCGGCUCACCUGGCCGUGCACCCGCACCUGCUGCCCCACAUGGCGGCCGCCUACGCGCCCGGCAUGAUCCCCAUGGUCCAAAUGGAGCUCAUGAACUGUUUGCGGUGGGAGCAGUGGAGCACGGUGCCCAUGUCCUUCCAGAUGCAGCAGCAGAUGCUGAGCCGUAUGGCGCAGACGCGCGGCCCUUACCCCUACCCGCACUUCCUGGACGGCGCCGCCGCCUCCGGGCCCUUUGCCCCGUCGUACCAACAUCUAUCCAUGGGCGGCGCCGCCGCCGCCGGCGCGCACGGCGGGGCGCCGCCGCAUCAGUGGCAGCAUUCCGGCAUGCCCAAGUUCAACCCCACGGUUCCUCCCCCUGGAUACGAGACGAAAAAGGAGGACCCCCACAAGGCCACCGUGGAAGGGGUGCUGCAGGUCAUUGUCAAAGAAUUGAAGGCCAUCAUGAAGAGGGACCUCAAUCGCAAAAUGGUGGAGGUGGUGGCUUUCAGGGCCUUCGAUGAGUGGUGGGAAAAGAAGGAACGCUCGGCAAAAGCGCCCUCGACUCCAAUCAAAGGUGCGGAGGGGAAGGAAGAAGAGCGACCUAAACCCAAAGAGACUUUGGGCUCAAGUCUGCUGGAGAACUGGAACAAAGGCGGCGAGGGUUUGGGUUACGAAGGCAUGGGACUGAGCAUCGGCUUGCGAGGAGCCAUCCGCUUGCCCUCCUUCAAGGUGAAAAGGAAGGACCCGCCAGAGGCCAUCGCCGCCGGGGAGAACAAACGAGCGCGGCCCUCUACUCCCGUGGAUGACGAGUUGGAGGAUGAAGAGCGCGAUCAAGAUACGGCGGAGCUCCCGUUGGACGACUCCAAAAUGGAUGGCGACGGCGUUCCGACAAAGCGGAGACACUCGCGCCCGCUUGACCUGGACAGCGAGGGCGAGGAGGAGGCGGACACAUCGGGCAAGGAGGAGUCGCUGGGCGACCGAGACGAGCGAGCGGACGAGACGGCGCCCGGUGACAGGCUGUCGCCAAGUCAAAGCGUCGACGAGGAAGCCAACAGAAACUCGUCCAGCGACAGCGUAUCGUUGGACUCCUCCGACGACGAGUCGUCCCAGAGCAGCUCGGACGCCUCGUCGGCCAGCUCGGACUCCUCCGAGUACGAGCUCAGCUCGGAAGAAGAGGUCUCGGAGGUGGAGCUGGAAGACGACGACGCGGGCAAAGCCGCCACCAAGACCUCCUCGUCCUCCUCGUCCUCCUCUUCGUCGUCGUCAUCGUCGUCAUCUUCGUCGGACGAAGAGGGAGAGACGGACUCCAAGGCGGCGAGUCCGCCUCCGGUCCUUAUCGGGGGGGCCGCCGCCGCCGCCACGGAAGAGCUGAGCAGCAAAGCUAAAUUUAGACCUCCAAGUCCUGAAGAGGCGGAGGAAGCCAAGCCACCGUCGCCCAAAGUCAAAGAGGAAGACGUCAGCGGCGAUGAAUGUGGCGCAGCCAGGUCGGAACCUCGGGAGAACCUCCGUCCGCCCACGCCGACGGGCGCCCUCCCGUCCGACAGCGAGCAGGAGAGCAAAGUCAAAGGUAAAGCGGCGGUUGAGGGAGCGGCCGCCACGCCCGUGGGAGUAACCCCGUCCCACCUCCGUUCCAAAGCCCCCCUGCUGGCCGCGUCCACCUCUUUAAUGUACCUCCCUCUCCCACCUCACCCCGCAGUAGAAGGUCGUUCCCUCCUCCACCCGCCCCCGGAGCUCCCCCAACGCGCUCGUCUGCCCACCACGGACGAGGACGUUCCCCGCACGCCCGGCCGAGACCUGAUGGAGCGAGCCCGCGGUCUGGGCAAGUCCCAGAGCACGGACACGGUGCCCAACACCCCAGGUAGCGACGCCCCGCUCACGGGGAGCAGCAGCCUAAUGCUGGGCUCCCCGCACGUUCCCGGUAGUCCUUUCUCCUACCCUGCUCAGUCUCCCGUCCUCAGCGCCGGAGUCCCUCGUACUCCGGGGCGAGACUUAACCUUCACCCCCGUCUUCCCUGACCCGGCCGCACUUAAUCGAAAGAUCUCCUCCGAGAGCCUGGACGAGCGUCCCGCGUUUAAGGAGCCGCCCGUCGGCGCCUUCGCUAACCGAGCCUCGUCAACAGGUACGCUCGCCCCCUCCGGAGACGCCGGGUCCGAGAUAGCGGACGGCGUCGUCCCGUCCAAGCGCAAACCGGGACGGCCCAAAGGGAAAAAGACCCCCCUGGCCUCGGAGUCUUCGGAGCUGUCGCCCGACUCGACUCCUUUGCGGGACGGCCCCGAAUCGGGGGUUCGGACGACGACGACGACGUUGCCGCCCGAAGACGGCUUCCUGUCCUACGAAGAGGAGGCCCCCGUCGUGGCCACGAAGCCGGCGCGGCGGGCGCGGCGAGGCUGGGAGGAGCUUCUGCUGGACAGCCUGUCCCCCGUCACCACGCCGCCUCACGCCUACUUCUCCAGACGCAGCGACUUUGAGGAGAUGACCAUCCUGUACGACAUCUGGAACGAAGGCAUCGACGAAGAGGACAUCCGGCUCCUGCAGGUCACCUACGACGAGAUGCUGCAGCAGGACAACGGCAACGACUGGCUCAACGACACGCUUUGGGUCAAUCAUCCGCAAACCAACAUCCCCCGAGUGAAGAAGAAGAGGCGAGAUGACGGCAUGAGGGAUCACAUGACCGGCUGUGCCCGAAGCGAAGGUUACUACAAGAUUGACAAGAAGGACAAGAUCAAGUAUCUGCAGAGCACGCGGCUGCAGUCGGAGGAGCCGCCCGUCGACACUCAGGGUAUGAGUAUUCCUGCGCAAGUCCACGCCUCCACCAGGGCGGGCUCGGAGCGGCGCUCCGAGCAGCGGCGCUUGUUGUCGUCGUUUGCUUGCGACAGCGACCUGCUCAAGUUCAACCAGCUAAAAUUCCGUAAGAAGAAGAUCCGAUUCUGCAAGUCGCACAUCCACGACUGGGGUCUGUUUGCUCUGGAGCCCAUUGCCGCCGACGAGAUGGUCAUCGAGUACGUGGGGCAAAACAUCAGACAGGUGAUUGCGGACAUGCGUGAGAAGCGUUACGAGGAGGAGGGCAUCGGCAGCAGCUACAUGUUCCGCGUGGACCACGACACCAUCAUCGACGCCACCAAGUGCGGCAACUUUGCGCGCUUCAUCAACCACAGCUGCAACCCCAACUGUUACGCCAAGGUGAUCACGGUGGAGUCGCAGAAGAAGAUCGUCAUCUACUCGCGGCAGCCCAUCAACGUCAACGAGGAGAUCACGUACGACUACAAGUUCCCCAUCGAGGACGAGAAGAUCCCUUGCUUGUGCGGCGCCGAGAACUGCCGGGGGACGCUCAACUGAGCCAAACUGCCAACGUUUACCAUUUACGGUGCUGUUCCAUCCAUUUGACUUGUUCACCAAAAGAGGCCAGAGGAUUUUUUUUCUCCAACACCGAUCGACCUGAUGAACGUUCACCAUCCUAACGGGGCUCCGAAUCUCCAUUCGCACUUUGUCUUUCGAAAUCAAACGAAACGCGGCCCAAUCCAAAAGAACGGACGGCCAUCGCGUGUGGUGUCGCUGGCAAAAGUUCACUUCGAGAUUCUGUACAUCAAUGAAGCGAGUCCCGUCGCUGUAUCGGCGAGCUUCUCUUCACGUGUGAUUCCGUACGGCGGUGUUCUAACGGUUCUUGCCAUCGCAAAAGAAAAAAGUCAAAUGCACUUCCGCCUUGCCGGCCGGGCAGACGCGACUUGUCUCUCUCUCUCAUGGACUCGCUGUCUGUCGCAUUACUGGAGCCUUGCUUUCUGUUUGGAUUGUAAACUUGUGGAGAAAAUCUGCAACUUUUUGCAGGCUCUCACUUUUAAGCUGUUUUCUAGGACAAAAAAAGACUGAAUAUUUAAAAAGAGAAAAAAGAAGUAUUGUCAGGGAUCUGUAAAAGGAAAGCAAAUGACAAGCAAAAGAAAAGAAGGUCCACUGUGUACAGGAAGUCACCUUCCAUCGCCCCCCUCUUUGGAAAGAUUGUUUCUUGUAGAAACGUCUUUAUUCCUGUCGCCUGUCUCAAACGUGUACAUAACGCUAACUGUGAAUACGAUAUGAAUAUAUCUAUUUUUUUGUUCCCCGAGAAUUGGCUACACCAUCCGAGCUCCGAGAGCUGCGUGACAUUUGAUGCGAGCGAGCGGUGAGCUUGUAGCACCACAUUUCAGCUUGUGUCAAGCUUUGGGUUUCUUCUCUUUGUAUUCAUUUUUGUGUUGUAAAUUCGAUGAAGAUUGUUUUGCUGUGUGGAGAAAGCGAGGGUGGGAAGAAAAAAAAAAAAAAGUGCUGAAUCGGCGUAUAGGAAGAGGACUGAAUAAUCAGCCAGCUCCUCGUGUCUAUUUAUUAUGUAUGAAAUGUUUGGGAA